GUCUCAUAGCUGCUCGUUAUCUGUGCCUGUGGAAAUGGCCAUUACCCUCAGAUUUGUCCAGACCACUGCAGAUAUGUAUUCACAGUCUCUCAACUGGCUGCACGAAAGUAGGUAAGCUAAGUGGCUGAUCGGCAAGAGGCAGACUGGAUAGUCCACGUUCUGGGUUGAGACCAUUCAGCUUAACCACUGAGUCCCUCCAGCAGUUGAGUUUUGUUUUGCUCUUCUUCCAGCAUCUGCAAUCUCUCAUGUCUCCAAGUCUUGUCAGCUACCAGCAGAACCAGAGUGAGGGAGUCAUCCAGAAGAACUGCAUCCAAAAGAAGUUUGCUACAGGUCAUGGUUAUGGUAAUGAUGCUAACUUCUCUGAGGAUUGCUGUCUUGUUGUGGUGGAGAGGCUGAGCAAGACUAAAAGCAGCCCUGUCUCAUAAUCAACUUGGAAAGCUCCUGCUGCAAUGAGAUGCUACUGGAAGCGAUCUGUCACUACUCUUGGCCUCUCCCUGCUUCUUUGCCUCCUUGUGUAUCUUUAUAUAAAGGAGGAAGAGGGAAGUGCACUGGAAGAAGAAGAAAAGCGAUUGGCCAAAGAAAUAGCCGUGCAGCAGCUAUAUUCUGAGAGAAACGUGCAGAACUUCAGGGAGCUGAUAAAUUUUUCUUCGCCCAUUAACAUCACCUAUCAAUUUUUGGCAGGGUACCCUUUAUUAAAAAAGAAAUACAUUACAGUGGGAUUGUCUUCUGUCAAGCGAAAGAGAGGAAAUUACCUUCUUGAGACAUUGAAGUCCAUAUUCAAACAAUCGACUAAUGAAGAGCUCACUGAGAUGGUGGUGGUCGUCCAUUUGGCAGACUUUGACCUGGAGUGGAAUGCGCAGGUGGUUCAGGACAUCGCCACAAAAUUUGCCCACCAUAUAAUCUCAGGCCACUUGAUCAUUAUUCAUGCCCCAGAGGUAUACUACCCACCCCUAAAAGGCUUGAAAAGGAAUUAUAAUGAUCCAGCUGAUCGCGUGACUUUCAGGUCGAAACAAAAUGUAGACUAUGCUUUCUUGCUCAACUUUUGUGCAAAUUUAUCAGAUUAUUACAUAAUGCUAGAAGAUGAUGUUCAAUGUUCCCACUCUUUCUUAACUGCAAUUAAGAAGGUUCUUGCUUCAAAAGCGGGCUCCUACUGGGUAACACUGGAAUUUUCUAAGCUGGGUUACAUUGGAAAACUUUACCACUCAUCUGAUCUUCCAAGACUGGCCCAAUUUCUACUGAUGUUCUACCAAGAGAUGCCAUGUGACUGGUUAUUAACUCAUUUCAGAGGCCUUCUCACACAAAAAGAUGUCAUUCGUUUUAAGCCUUCCCUGUUUCAACACAUUGGCUAUUAUUCUUCUUUUAGGGGGACAGAGAAUAGAUUAAAGGAUGAUGACUUUGAAGAAGAUUUCUUUGAUGUCCCUGACAACCCACCAGCGGCAAUCUACACAAGCCUCAAAGUUUUUGAAAGCUAUGACCCCAGCAAAGCCUACAGUAAUAGCGAAGAGUACUUCUGGGGAAAAUCGCCCUCUACUGGAGAUUUCUUCACUAUUGUGUUUGUAAAGCCAAUGAACAUCAGUAGAAUCCAUGUAGCCACUGGCUCAGAAGAAAGGCAUGGCGAUAUUCUUCAUUCUGGGAUUGUUGAAGUUGGAAAGCAUCCAAAAAAGACACAAAAGGGGAAGGAUUGUUCAGAAUAUGUUAAAUUAAAAGAAUUUCAAAAUGGACUGUUUGAUCAAAAAGACAUAGGUGCCAUUGUGAACUUUAGUGUGGAAUGUGUGCGAAUAUAUAUUACAGACAGCCAAAAAGACUGGCUAAUUAUUCGCAGCAUUGGUAUCUGGGCAAAGCAAGCCACCUCUCUAUGACAAAGUACACUAUCAUUCUCUCCUCAGUGACCUGUAUUGAGUUGUCUUUCUGUGCAAGUAUCUCAUCAGUGAAUUUGCAGAGCUUGUCCGGCUGGGUAGUCCAACAGCCAUCCUCAGCGAUCUCUUAAACCGACCCCAGGUGUUCAGCAAUUGGUGGUUAGGGGAAAACCUCAUGAAGAUUCAGAAGACCUUCCUCUCAUCUUUGUCCAGGGAAUAUCGUGUUAGACAGCAUCAGUUCUGUAGUUCUGAAAAGAGCUAUAUAAUAAGUAAUUAAGCACUUUCCAGCUGUAUGUGAUCUUUCAAUGUACCAUCAAAAAUCACCUGCAAAUGGCAGGCUACCUGCAAGCUCACCAUUAUAACAGGCCGUUUGCUCAUUUCCCAGUUUAUUAUGCAGCACAAUUGCUAGUUUGAGAAAGUGUGAAAUUUUGUGUUCUGUGCUAAUGUAUCAGCCCAGAAUUAUGAAAUCAGGUUAAUCAGGACAUCAGAAUGUCAUGGUAUUCAUUGGACGGAUAUCUCCUGCUCUCCAUCUUUUACUCUGAAUAAUGUGAUGGGUUGUGAGAGGAAGUGACUGGGUCAAGUAGAUAAUGCCAGGAAGCAUGUCAAUUCAACUUCAAAGCUCACGUGAAAAUUUUACAAAGCUCUCCCCAAAAUACUGUGAGCAUCUGAUCACUUCUGAAUCAAAUAUUAAUAAGCACAAUGAUAAUCUGACAUAUAAAUAAAUUCAAAACAUCAUUUUUGAACAAAAGCAGUAACUGCCAUGUUCUGAUCAAAUGAAUGUUAGAUCACUGUGCCUAUCUUUUCAGAUGUAAGCCAUCAAGAGUUAAACUCUCUGUAAUCAUCGCCAAAAGGGAAGGUUUGAACAUUCUGAUACAAGUCAAGUUCAAGUUUAUUGUUAUUCAACCUCAUAGCUAAAUUAAACAUUGUUCUUCCUGGAGCCAGGGUAUAAGGUAAACACAGUACAUAUAGUCACCCACAGCACAUACACUCACAAAACAAAAUUAGCACAAGUCUCUGAGUAGCAUGGCCUCAAGAUUGGCAUUCCUACAGGUUCACAAUAUAAGGAAGGACAAUAAAGUGGCCGUUUGAGUGUCUUGUCACUUAUGUUAUCCUAAUAUGACUAGCCAUGGCUAGGAAUGUCCCCAACUCAGUAUCUGAGUCUUAAGGUAUAAAUGAUUGCUAGAGGCUAUUUGAGGGAGAAUGAAAUUAUUUUGUUCUUUAUGAAUGAUUUUACAAUUCCUCUUCAAAUGGUUCUGGGUGUGCUUUGCCUUACCUUAGGAAGAGGAGGAAAAAUGGCCUUUACAAUAGGUGUAAAUAUCUGAAAAAAAUUAUAUAUACUUGUAUAAGUAUUUGCACCAUGAUUCAAAGAAUGCCUUGAUGUUAUAUUCCAUAAAUUAUGUGAUCAUUGCUGUUUUCAAGAUAACUUUGAUCUUUAUCUUUAUGAAUAAGAUCUUUAUUCAUGAUAUCCUGUAAAUAAGGAAUUGUUUACUUGUGCUUUUUUAGUUAGAAGUGUGGUUCAAAUAUUUGGAUAUUAAAUGCAGCUAUGGUUCAUGAAUGUUAGAUAUUGCUGCAUUGUAUGACAGUUAACUUUUUCAAGAUGAAUCUCCUUAGUUUAGUUUUUUACUAUUCCAUGGAGAUGGAUUCAGAUUGGAUGCAUUCAGACCAUUGUAUCUGUCAAUCAAAUAUACAGUAGAUUUUGCUUUCAUUUUUGCUGCUAGUCAGAAAUACAAAAGGUGCUUCAGACAUGUGAAGUAUCCUGUAAGUGAAAGUGACUAGGAAGUGUCGAUCAUAUGACAAGAGAACGUCUGCAGAUGCAGAUGCUGGAAACCUGAGCAACACACACAAAAUGCUGCCUGGCCUGCUGAGUUCCUUCAGCAUUUUGUGUAUGAAGUGUUGAGGCCUGUUUGUUUGUACCCCGACAAGAAGGUACCAAGAUUAGCUCAUUAUCGUGGUAACCAAAGUGAUGGUUAUUUAAUUCCAUUAAAAACUUGAUUACAUCUGCUCAUGCAAACAUUAUCAGGUGUUCAAUUUCUCAGAUCAGAUUAUCCAGCAGUAGACUAUAACCAUGCAAAUGAUUAUUUAACAAUUGAUCUAUGUUACCAAACUAAAUUAGAUCACUUUUAUCUCACUUUUCUAAACUCUCCACUGCAGGGAAUGGGAUUUCCACAUAUCAUAUAUAUAUUAUAUAUGUUAUAGUCUAAAUAAGCUAACUCAUUGCUAUGAUUAGUUGACCCUUCAUGAUCGCCAUACUUUUCAAUGGCUUAAGAGACUGAAGGCAAAUUAGGCUGAUAGUAGUUUGUGUUGGCAGGCUGGUGGUGUAAUGGCAUCAGCGCUGGGCUUUAGAGCAAAGGCUCUGGAGUUCAAAUCCAGCCGGCUCCCUUGCACGCUUUCCAUCAUUGCUGGAUUGAGCGUUGAGCUAGCAACUCAGCCUCGUAAAAAUAAGAAAGCCUGCUGGAAAAAAAACGCCGUCAUGAUGGUGUCCCGAUGAGUCCACACGGAGUUAAGGGCUAAAGAAGAAGAAAAAUUAGUUUGUUUAGCCGUUCCGUGAUGAUAUCAGAUUUCAAAUAUCUUCAAAGUUACUUUUAAAGGAUCAUCCAGCACAGGAAUGGGGUCCCCUUUCAGCCCAUUUCAUCCAUGCCAACAGUGAUGUCUAUCUGUCCUAGAAAAAACUGCCAGGGAGCCAUGUAUGGGGAGCUAGUGAAGAUCUCAAGUGAUUUACAAAGGGAUUAUGCUCAGAGGAUUGAUGGUGUUUACACUCCAGGUUUCAAACCCAUUUUGUGAAGAAAUCUAAUUCCUAGGGUUCAUGUGGUCCCCUGCAGGGUGAAUUUUGCUUUAUUUGGUGUUCCAAUAGAUUGUGAAUUGUUGAGGUCUUAACUGACCUUAGACAAUAGUGUUUUCAAAGGUCAUGAAAAGAUCUGUUGAUUUACAUCACUAAGUGCAAAUUCAUAUUUUAAAUUUUGGGACUUUUACAUCCAUUUUGACAAUCUUAUUUUUCAAUUGAUUCAUAUGAGUAGUUCCAUGUAAAUCCUUGGCCUUGGCCCUGAGUUAUUUUUGCUGUCCUGAAGUUUGCACUUCAUUUGCUUUAUAAACUCAUAUUCAUGAUUCCCAAAUGACAGGCACAUUGUUAAAGGUCUGUAAUUCGCAGGUAGUUAUUUAAACAAAAUUGGCUGGAAAAUACUGCUUUGAUAUUUGAAGGUGGGUGAAGGAUGAGAAGAAAAUAAAUGCUUUAUAAAAUUUAUAGAUUGGAUUGAUUGGCCUAGAAAUCCAUCCUUCCUCAGUAACACUCGUAGUGUUAAAUGUCGUAAAUACUGUUAUAGUCUGCCCCAGAUUCUUUCCAUUCACUGGUGAGCAUAUAUAUAAAUAAAAUAGAGCUGGGGUGCCUAAGACUUUUGUACAGUACUGUAUUCCUCAAUGUGGAGAGGAGAACAAGUCUGUGAAUCUGGCAGGAGCGAAGGAUGUUGGGAAUGGCGAGGGUGGAGAGGUGCAGAGAAGGGUUGCCAGGGGUGGGCAUGCCCAGCCCUGAGGCAUCAGGCAAGGUCUUUUGAUUCCAAACGAUUGGUUUAUUUCAUCACAGAAUGUUUCUCUGAUGCUUUCCUCUCCUUUCCACUUUUCCCAACCAUGAUUUGCCUCUCCCUGCAUCCUUCCCACUCUCCGUCCACAAUAAAAAACCAUAUCAGAAUCAGAUUUAUCACCACUCACGUAUGGCAUGAUUUUUUCCUCUGACAACAAUACGGUGCAAUACAUAAAAUUACCACAGUGCUGUGCAUAAGUUUUAGGCACCCUAGCUAUAUACAUGCAUCACAAAGUACUGUAUGUUUGCAGUAUUUCAACCAACAGACUAGUCACCACCUGUGGUUAAUCGUUCAUCUCCAAUCAGUGUUCUGCCCUUCCACAAUGUGUUUCUGCCUUAGUGUGCUGAAGGUACCAGGAAGACUUGCACCUCUCUAUUUUGGCUAAUAAUGGGUCUGGUCAUUUGGAAUCACUUCGAACAUUGUUCCAUUAGUCUUUUUCAUCACAGCUUUUGACACUUUCCAGUCGUAUUGUAUAAAAGAUGAAUAUUGACAAAAGAUCAAGAAAGUGUACAAAUGGCUUUUGUUAAAAUAAUGCCUUAAGCCUUUAAUGUUUGGAGAUGAUCACUUCCUAUGUCAAGUAGCUUUAGAGUGGCAAUUUCAUACUAACACUGCCAUUUGAUUCCAUUGUUUGUGUCUUAUCCUGUGAAGUUCAUUACAGACGUCUUAUGAAGUCUAGCCUUAAUCCAAAAACCACAACAGCCUUAAUCACUGCUAGAACCCAGCAGCAGUAGACUCAAUGUUGUCAUCAACAAUUAUUUCACAUUUUUUGAAAAGCAAAGUGAACUCUUACUAUGACAAUACCUGCAAAACAGAUUAUAGUAUGUGGAAUCCAAGGUUUCCACUUCAGGCAGCUAGGAGAUGGUUAGAAUCAGGGUGGUCAGAAUAAAUGCAAAAUUAAAUUGUAUAUGGGGGUUCCCUACUGGCGUCCAGAGGCCCCUCGGUUAAUGGUAAAAUUCCAUGUCAUAACAAGGUCGGGAACCACAGGGUUAGAGUUAUUUUGUAGGAAUUAAGUUGAAGAACUGGAUAACAUGUUGGCAGGUGUCUAGGGCUUUGAAGCUCUGUCAUUUAUCAUACUCAGUGGAGAUACUAAGCAUGAAAGUUGUUUCUUGUAGCUUGCCCUGCAUGUUCUCAAGAUAACUAUAAGCUCCAGAGGAACAUUGAUUUUUUUUUUCGUUUGGUCACACAUCUCUCAAGUUUAAUAGUGAAGAGCACAGUGAAUUUUAAAUUAAUUUGCUUUGAGAAAUCAAUCUUGAUGCACGUUCUGUAGUACCAUUGUGUUAAUAUUUCUUCAAACAUGAUUGAGCAGCUAUGGUCAGGUUAAUUCUGGCAAAUCUGCACCAUAGAAUCACAUCGUUCAUAUCAAAAUAAACUGUUGACUUAUCAGAGCUUUUCUUUCUGUAAACAGGUAGCAGUGACUGCUGCAUUACAAUCUAAUUCAUGACAAUAAAUCUACUUCAAUGGACCUGCAUGGAGCUAAGUCCCAUGUAGCUCUGGACUGCCUUGUUUAGUGAAUCAGUUGAUACCUUCCUGAAAGUCACACAAAAUAUGACACUGGCUUCCUACGUGUGUUCAAUACUGUUUUAAAAUGCAGAGGUGACAAUCAUAAUUGAUGUAAAUUAUUAUCAUUUCACUUUCUUAUAGAACAUUUUCUUUUCACAGGGCCAAUAAUGUAUGUUGGGUUUAAUACAGCAAACCUGGUUUUGAAUUUGAAAACAAGGAGCCAGAAUAUCUAUCAGGAUAGGAUCAGCAGGGAAAAGAUGAUUUUCAGAUUUCUCCUUUCAAAAUCCUCCUGAGUUUGCCAGUUUUUGAAUUUUACCGUCCUGGCAGAGUCACUGUAUAUUUUCAACAGUGGAGAUGUUCUUUAAACUAUGGUUUGAUAUGUCACUCCUAACACAACUCCAGCUCUUCAUUAACCCUCAAGUGGCCAUCACAGUUUGCACCGUAAAAUAAAAAUGGAAUGAUACAAACUAGGCUUUUGUAAACAGGAUAUACAACUGAAGCACAGAGUGUAUUGUUUCAUUGGAUUCAUUCUAAACCCUUUAUUGUGAGAUAUUGGGAAAUUAUUCUAUUGAGGUUAUUAUGCACUGUUCUUGGGAGAUCUAUUCUGCCACCGUUGCACUGUUGCUAUGUUCUUCCAUAGAUGAGCACAAUUAGUAAAUGUAAUUGUUCAAAUCCUCUAAGAUUGUUCAUCAAUUUUUGUUCGUUUUAUUUUGAUUUUAUUGUCUCCAUUAUUCUGAAUAGAUUUUUACAAAUGCACUUUAAGACUAGUGCUUUCAUUUCAGUUAUCCUGUAAAGAAUUUCUUUUUAUGUAGAAGACUGCAAA